AUAGCUUGCAACAAGAAAAGAAAAUAACUGUAUUCAGAAACUUAAUGAUAUGAUACUCAUGUGUGUAAAAUGAAUACAAAAGAUCUGAAAAAAGUGUCAUGUGUUGUGAAUAAAGAGAGAACAGAGUUGCUUUCAAUAAAUAGUGAAAAAGCACCGUAUCAAUUCUGUUAAAUGAAUAAAUGGUGUAACACCGUACCAAUUCUGUUUAAUUUUCUGGGCAAGACGAUGAUGUCUUCAACCGUUUUCGGUUUUUCUACCCCACUGUCGUUUAAGCACCAAUGGGCAUAUGUUUUGAAACUCCAAAGAUGAACAUAUGCUUUUUCUCUAUUCAUCAAUUUCCUUUUACAAUGAGCCAUACUCUAAAAAUAUUGGAAACCCUGGCAAUAUAAAUAGAGGUCACAAAAAUAAUAUUUUCUUAGCGGUUUAAAAACCUUAUAAUGAAUCCUUUAGGAAAAAUUCAGGUUCUGGAUGAUAUCGAAAAGGAAAUAAUUCAAUGUCUACAAAGUGCUGGUCAAACCCUCCAAGAGUUAAGUAAAGAGAAAUCAUCCCAGAAAAAUGCCGAGACACAAACUCAGCAAUUCUUGAAGUCCCUUUCAAGUUUGGAAUCAAAACUAACAGAACAAAUCAGUUAUUUAACCCAGGUGUCUACAGGACAACCUCAUGAAGGUUCUGGAUACGCUUCAGCUAAAGUUUUACAAAUGGCUUGGCAUAGAAUAUCUCACGUACGUUCUAGAGUAAGAGAAUUAGAAGAAACAAAGGCAAAAUAUACACAUGCUGCGAGGCAACAGCAACAGCAGAGACAACAACAGCAUGCGGCAGCCGCAGCAGCUCAACAGCAGAUUGCUCAACAACAGCAGCAGCAACAGCAACAACAACAAUCUCAUCUGCAGGACAACGCCGGUGGGAGCUUAACAACAAGCGGAGCUAUAAAUCAGGAUAUCAACAUAAACCAACAAACAUCGUGAACUUGGAAUUGUUAAAAAAGUUUUUUUUGUAUAAAAGUGAUAAAGUAUUAUAGUGAGUUUAAUAAGGUGUUUCUAGUUUUAACCUA